AUGUUCUCCACGGCAACUGAGUGGGGAAACCCAGAGGGCCACUCGGGUUUCAGCCCAGACAUAAAAAGAAAUGUCCACCCCAGCAAGAAAAUUAGCCAGGAUCCCGUCAAAGCAGACCAUCUGCUUAGGAAACUCAUAUUUCUUAAGACGGCCUCAGACAGAAUGGCGACUCCUCAGAGCAGCUCCAGACAGAGCAGCUCCAGACAGAGCAGCUCGCUCUCUUCAUCCCCGAUGAGUACCCGCAUGCAGUCCCUCCAGGUCGACUCGGUCCAGCGCUGGAUGGAAGACCUCCGCCACAUGACGGAGGUAGAGUGCAUGUGUGUCCUGCAGGCCAAGCCCAUCGGGGUGGAGGAGGACGCCCAGCAGGGAGAGCUGAUCGUGGCCUCCGGGCUCGGUGCGGGGGACCACGUGGCCAGGAACAACCUGCAGACGCUGCUCCGCCGAGCGCUGGUGGUCAGCACGGAGCUCGGCAAGAUGUUCCAGCGGCUGGAGAAAGGACGCUGGCAGAGGGUCCACAGCACCGCCGUGAGGGCCAACUGUCACGUGCGCUCACUGGUGCACGAGUACAGCGCGGCCCGAAGCACACCACCUGAGAUGCAGAAGUAUGAGAAGUCUCUGCUGGAGAAGUGUAUGGAGCUGACCAACAUUACAGAGCGGUGCCUUCACACCGAUGAUGAGUUCUUCCUGAAGUCCAUGAGGGAAGCCAUCCACGAGAUCCUCACAGACGUCAGCGAUUCCUUCAGCAACAUGAUCGACAUGGCUUUAGCUAACGAGAUCCGGCUCCUGAUCAAACAGAUCGACUCGUCGGACAGCGUUCACACCAUUGGCAGUGCCAUCAGCAACCUGCUGUCCCUCACGCAGGACGGACCUCAGCUCUGUAGCAUCAUCGCCAAGGAAGGAGCUGUGGUAGCUCUGUUUAAGAUCUGCAGGCAGGACCGCUUCAGAGAUCUGUACGCUCACGCUCUGAGGACGGUGGCCUCCAUCUGCUGUGUGGAGGAGGGCAUCAACCAACUGGACAAGGUGGAUGGGAUCCUGUGUCUGGCGGACAUCUUGACUGAUGAGAGCAGCGUGGAAGCAGCCCGGGCCGAGGCCGCGGCGGUCGUGGCUCAGAUCACCUCCCCUCACCACACGUCCACACAACACCUCGCCAGCUUCCUGGAGAGCAUGCACGACAUCGUCACCGCGCUCAUCAACUUGUGCGACAGCGCGUCCUGCGGUGAAGUGUUCCUCCUGGCGUCUGCAGCCUUGGCUAACAUCACCUUCUUCGACAGCAUGGCCUGUGAGAUUCUCCUGCAGCUCAACGCCAUCCACAUCCUGCUGCUGGCCUGCAGAGACCGCCAGAGAGUGGACACACCUUACUCCAAAGACCAGGUGGUGACAAUUUUGGCAAACCUGUCAGUCUUGGAGCCGUGUGCUACUGAAGUCCUGCAAGACCAAGGAGUAGAGCGACUGCUGCUGCUGCUGGGAGAAAAGCCAUCCUCCUUAAGUCCAUCAGAGGGCGCCGCCUGCGAGCGCGUUCAGCAGAAAGCAGCUGUCACUCUGGCCCGUCUGAGCAGAGACCCUGAAGUGUCCCAAACAGCAAUCCAGCUGAAAGCUGUUCCUCGUCUUAUUGAACUGUGUCGCUCCCCUACUGAGAGGAAUAACAGCGACUCAGUGCUGGUCGCUUGCCUGGCUGCCUUGAGGAGGCUGGCAGCGGGGUGUCCAGACAGCAUCGAGGCAGCCGACCACCAGCAGCUGAUCAAACCGCGGCUAGUCGACUCUUUCCUGCUGUGCUCCAACAUGGAAGAGAGCUUUGUGUGAUGGCCUGCACGCCGAACAUUGAUAGUGCAGAGCUGAAGUCAUGUAAAAGAUCAUGUACAUGUAUAGUUUCAUGGCGCAGAGAGGACUAACGAGCAGCUUCACUCUCCAUUGCAUCUAUUUCCAGAGCGGAGCUUUGGUUUGUCAUUUCCUGUGUCCUUAGAAGAUUUGUGAAUGUCAUUCAACACGCGGGACAAAGGAGAGAAACAUGUGUGAGUUUGGAUAGAUACACAUCUUUAUGUAAAUGUAUAUAAAUGUGUUGCGCCGUGCAACCCAGUGACCACAUUAAAUGCGAUGUGUACGGUAUUCUAUAAUAAAAAAAGGUAAUCGUUUAUUUUAUUCCUCUGGGUAAGUAUUUUCACGAGUAGGUGCUACUUUACCAAAAAUGAAAGUAUAACCUGUUCUGGAACACUUUACAUGUUGCCACUGUGCAAUUUAUUUGUGCAAUUUCUGAAGAUAUUGUCUCCAAAGCAUGUUGGAGAGAACAGAGAGCGAUCCUUCCUGCAGAGAACACCGUCUCUGAUACAAACGAUCAUCUGAAGCGUUUAGUGCCGCAGCACCACGAUGAUUCUUUUAUUGUUGGUCUGUUAGAAAACGUGUUUUCAAUCAGCAGCCACUUGACGUUUUACAUCUAAAUUAUUACAGUUAGAAUAACUACGACAUCUUUUCAGUUUGUUUUUCGAGUACCUUUAAUGACAGGGCACUAUUAGUAUUUAAAAUGUUUGAUUGAUGUGUGGCAACACGAUCUAUUCGUCCCGAUGUACAAUAUUUUGUUUGGCACGUUGAGUCACACUCAUGAACUUAUUGGAAAAUGAAUCUAUAAAAAUGUUUUUUGGAUUUGAAUAUAGAAAUAGCUUUUUAUUUAAAGAGAAUUACCAGUUUAUCGUAUGCCAUGUAUGG